CCAAUAGCAACUAAUUGAUUUAGGAACCGCAAAGAGACGCUGUACCGUCAUUAUACUGAAGGAACUCUUUCUUCAAACUCCUCCCCUUUAUUUUGUUUUUGCCCGGGUAGUGAAAGGGUGGUGGAGCGGAGGUCUGUGGAUUGGUGUGCGUUUUCUGUCCAACCGGUCGGGACGAAGAAACGAAGCAGUGGCUGUUCUGUAUGGGGCUUGUUUUGGGGACGGACCGCAACUACUGGGGGGCUUAGUCAGUGUUACACGCGCUGAUCCUCAUGGGUUCCCGAUGGCGGCAGAUGCUACUGUGGGGGCGAAAGUUUCACGUCGUUUUUCCUCUUCCACCAGCAAGGUGUUUAGGGCCCAGUCCGGUCAGAUUUUUGCACGCCACUGCCAUCAACUACCAUAUCCCGAAAUCUGGCAAUGGGCAUGCAAAGGGAAGGAGAGGUGGGAAUAGCAAUUGUAGUAGCUGGGAGUCAGGGAAUAAGGAAGGUGAGGAAGAAGACGAGGAGGAGGAAGACGACGACAAGGGGAUGCUGGACGUAAAUGAAAAGCUGCUGGAAUCGGGUUUACCCCCUCUUUUUCUUGACUCCCAGAAAGUGUUUAUUGUUCAUCCAGCUGUGAAAUGGGGAGCAGGCAAGCCGCAGCUAACCAGAGCUGAACUACAACUAGCUGAGGCUGUUGCUCUCAUAAGCACCAUUCAGAACUGGACAGUGGUAGAUAAAAUAAUCCUUUCUACAAAAGUUCCUGACAAGAAAUUUAUCUUUGGCAAAGGGAAUUUUCAGCUCCUGACUGAAAAAAUUAAAGGAUCGCCAAAUGUAUCAUCUGUCUUCGUAAAUGUAGAAAGACUCUCUCCUCUAACAAAGAAAGAACUCGAAGAAGCCUGGCAAGUGAAAGUUUUUGACAGAUAUACAGUUGUCCUUCACAUUUUCCGCUGCAAUGCUCGGACUAAAGAGGCAAAACUUCAAAUAGCGUUGGCUGAAAUCCCACUUUUAAGAACCAAUGUAACAAAUGAGGUUGCUCAGUUGGAUCAGCAGAGAGGUGGCUCAAGAUACAUUAUGGGUUCAGGUGAAACUUUCAUGGAGAUGCAGGUUCGCCUCCUAAAAGAAAAAGAGCUUAAAAUUCGAAAGGCCCUAGAGAAGCUCAAAAGAAAAAGGCGCUUACUCAGAAGUCAAAGAAGAAAGCGCGAGUUUCCUGUUAUUUCAGUAAUGGGCUACACUAAUUGUGGGAAAACCACUCUAAUCAAGGCCCUUACUGGGGAUGCCGGAUUGCAGCCUCAGGAUCAACUCUUUGCAACAUUGGACAUUACAGCCCAUGCUGGCAACCUGCCAUCACGCCUGACUGUUCUGUAUGUUGAUACUAUUGGAUUUCUCUCUCAGUUGCCCCAUGACCUUGUUCAGUCAUUUUCAGCUACACUAGAAGAUGUAGCCUGCUCGGAUUUAAUUAUCCAUGUGCGGGAUGUUAGUCAUCCAGAAACCAACCUCCAAAAGGAAAGCGUGUUAUCAGUUCUCAGGAAUCUUAACCUUCCCAACCAUCUACUGGAGACAAUAAUUGAAGUUCACAACAAAGUGGAUUUGAUAGAUAGGUAUCAUCCUAUUGAGCCAAAUGCAAUAGCCAUUUCCGCUCUACUUGGGCAUGGCUUAGAAGAACUGAAAAAGGAAAUAGAGAGCACAAUUUUGACAGUAACUGGGAAAAACAUUCUGACAAUUAAAAUCAAUUUAUCUGGACCUCAGCUCAGUUGGCUCUACAAAGAAGCAACAGUACAAGAGGUGGAUGUUGUUCCUGAAAAUGGUACAGCCAACAUAAAAGUGAUCAUAAGCAAUUCUGCCUUGGGCAAAUACAAAAGACUCUUUCCUCAAUCAUGUUAUUCCUCUUGUAAUUAACAAGAGAUAUUUUCUUUGUAUUAGAGAACUCCUGAUUAAUGAGUAUCGCAGAACUAUUUUUGUUAACAGUGUGGUUCACUAGAAUAUAGACUUUCAUCUUGUCUUUGUUUCAAACCAAUCUGCAACUGCAUGUUAUGAAAUGCUGACAGUACCUCGUACCUCUGAAAAAACUUCAUUGUGAAAACUUCAUUGAGAAACUUGCCACACUUUCAUUUAUGAGAAAUUGCAGAAAACUACCCAACCUUGGCAAAGUAACAGAUUUAACCACUUAGCAAGAUUAGUUAUCAGUCUAAAAAAACUAACAAAAGUUGCUUUGAUCUCAAAAGUUGAGUUAAAACAUCUGAGAAAUGUUCGGACUAUCAGUGUGGACAACACUGAUAUAAUGUGAAUUGGUUGUAAGAGCAUAAACUAUAUUGAAAUUUUUACUUAAACUACUGUUAUAUCAGAGACAACCCACACGCAUCAUACUGCUCAAACAUAACUUUGUUUAUAAGACUUAGGGUGCAAUCCAACCCACACUUACACUGGGCUGAGGCGAGUUGGAUAUGGCAGACCGUUCCCUCAUCGCGGCUCCGCUCAGCUGGAGGUUCACCAGGGAAGCCCAGCCUGGCAUAAUGGAAGCCGGUGGAAGUCCUGUGAAAGGAGCUUCUGAGGGCGUGUUGGGGGGGGGGACUUGCAUGAUAUCCAUUCUGCUUCCUCCUGCAGCCCUCCGUUGCAGCAGCUGGUACACCGGGAAAAGGGGUGGUGAAAGGAAACGGGUACUUUGUUUCCUUCCCCUGCACCCUGCCAGUGCAGCCAGCAUCCUCCCCUCCAAGUGGCCUCCAAGCAGCAGCUGGAUUUGCAGCCCCUUCUGCUAGCUCUCCCUCUGCUGGCUUCGCUCCCACCAGCCUCUGGCAAAUUGGAUUGCUCUGCCCGAUAAACAAAGUGAAGGUUUCAUAUUGAAAACAUAGUUUCCAUUAAUUAUAUGAAUGAGAGCCAGUGUGACGUAGCAGUUAAGGUGUUGGACUACGACCUGGGAGACCAGGGUUUGAAUCCCCACACAGUAUCGUGCCCAGGAUGGGAGGCAAUGACCGGACUCGUGGGUGUGAUUAACUCUUUCUUUAUUAAGGAAAUUUCGACAUUAAAUUUACUGCGCUUCAUGCAAACCCCUAGUCUAACUCACUAAAGUUCCCUAACUAUCUAAUCCUGCAGCGUUGAAAGAAAGUUGACAGAGCAAAGUUUUCCCGCCUCUCCUUCACUUAUGAAGGAGGGAGGCGGGCGCGCAGCCUCGCGCUUCGGAGAGAUCCCCCUCCCUCCGCCUUUUUCUGCUCCUCUCUCCUCUGCCUUCGUGGAGCUCGAGGGGAGGGGGGAUCCUGGGGCCCCUCUCCUUCCGAAGUACUGACGUCCCUAUCCCAUGCGGGGGGGGCGGGGGAGUGGAAACUGGACACCGGCUUCUUCCCGGGGCUGCUGGGCUGCGGAGGAGUUACAUAUCCUCUUCCUUCCAACUCCUCCUCCCACUCCCCUCCCCGCGGCUCAAAGGGAGGCGUGAGAACUGGUAGGGAUGAAUCCCCAGCCGUUGGAAUCCCAAGGUCUCUUACUGUAGACAUCUCACUCUCACCCCCCUCCUCUUCACUCCCCAUCUGCAACUCCUGGAAUUCCAAAUCCCCCUCCCCACUCUCUCCCACAUCGUCCUCAGGAUCCCGAUCCAAAGUCUCGACACACAGCCAUGAAGCUCACUGGGUGACUUUGGGCCAGUCACUGCCUCUCAGCCUCAGAGGAAGGCAAUGGUAAACCACCUCUGAAUACCACUUACCAUGAAAAUCCUAUUCAUAGGGUCACCACAAGUCAGAAUCGACUUGAAGGCAGUCCAUUUUUUCCAAUUAUAUGAAUAUUGGGUAUCAGAUCAUACAUGGCAGAUGAACAUUUAAAUAUAACUGUUAGUGAACAGGUGCUAGAAAAUUUGUUUCUGUGCCUUACAUUGUGAAGAAUAAGAAAGUUGAACUUAUGAAGGUGUAUGAUUCUUAUAAUCCUUUGAUUUGCAGCUAACAGUAAUCAGGGGGCUUGCCUCCCUUUUCCAGCCCCCUCCUUUUAGUUUUAUGUACCUAUCUUAGGGUACCUUUUUCCUAAAUGGAAACUUUCUCUGUCUAUGCUCCUUGUGAGUUCCAAUAUUGUCCUGGUCAGUUCUAUAAGCUAUUCUUCAGUCACCUUAAGGCAGGGAUUGCCAACAUGGAGCUUGUGAGUGCAGUGACACCCUUGAGGUCUUGCCCUAGUGUCAUUGAAGCCUCUGAACAUCCCCCAGUUCACUGCCCCAUUGUUCAUUAGAUGGUGAGGUGACUACCAUUUUCUCCCUUCAAAGAUGUAUAGAGAUAAAGAAGGAAGUUGUAAGUGUGACGCUUUUUCCCACUUCCCUCUUUCAGUUCUAUGUGCUUUUCAAGGCUCAGAUUAAUUCUGCUAGAUCUGACUUGUACCCAGAUCUGUUGGAAAAGCGAAGUAUGCGCACACAUAUUUUCUUUCUGUCUCGGGUGGGUAGGGGUAGGCUAAUGCAGGGUAGGAGGAAGAGAAGUGAUCAGAGGUGGUAGAACCUGCAGCACUUACCAAAAUUCCAAAUGUGUCCACAGACCUAAAAAGGUUGGUGAUCCUUGUCUUAAGAUCAUUGAUUUGUAAUGUUGCAUCAUUUCCAACAUUUAAAUAUCAGAUUAUUUAUAGAGUAUUGUCACUUUGUACUUAUUAACAUCGGGUUAAUACAACAGUUGUCAAAAUGAAUUCUUGCAGAUAUAGCCAUGGUUUUCCAGAUUAUUAAUACUGCUGUAACUGUGUUCUAUUACAAUUGCUGAUU